AUGAGCUCCACGCCGCCGAUGGCCGCGCCGCCCCUGUCGGUGCCCACGCCGCCGAUGGCCGCGCCGCCCUUGCCGGUGCCCACGCCGCCGAUGGCCGCGCCGCCCCUGUCGGUGCCCACGCCGCCGAUGGCCGCGCCGCCCCUGUCGGUGCCCACGCCGCCGAUGGCCGCGCCGCCUUUGCCGGUGCCCACGCCGCCGAUGGCCGCGCCGCCCCUGCCGGUGUUCACUGACGAGUAUCUACCUGCGGUAACGCCUCUACCGACGACGACGCCUUCACCCGAGCCCCAAUGGACGCCAGAGUUGACGCUCCCCCCGUCGAAUGAUAUAUCUCCAGCUCCCACAACGCAGACAAAAGUCUUCGGGAUGAAUUAA